GGCAAGCGUUUAUAAAAAAAGACAAUGAUGUAGCUUUAAGCUCUCCCCACGUGACAUUAUCGCCUUCUAUUUUAAGACCGACAGUCGAUAAAGUGUUUAUAGUCGGAGUUACAUAUACAUUGUGUAGUUGGAUAUCCUAGCAGCUGUGUGCAACAAAUAUCGUCUACAAAGAAAAUACAAGGGAGGGGGUAGAACGUGGCCCGUCACCCUCGGGAAAAUGGCGGAUGUGGAAGAAUUGUCAAGUGAAUUGUCCACUUUGUCGGUCGCUUCUGGUAUGCAAGCGGAAGACUGCUGCGAUGACGAUGAAGCGGACGACACCCGCAGCCUGGCAUCCUCCGCUUCCGGCCUGACGACGCCACGGCUGCACCACUUGACGGAGGGCCUGGAGAAGCUGUGGGUGACCGGCGCGCAUUCGGACAUCACCAUCAUGGUGGAGAACCGAGUGUUCAAGUGCCACAAAGCCGUCCUGUUCGCUACCUCACCGUAUUUUGACGCCAUGUUUUCGUCUGGGAUGCGCGAGAGUGUUAGCGGGGAGAUCACGUUCAAGGAAAUGGAGGCGGACACGUUUGAGCUCGUAAUGGAGUACAUUUACACUGGAAAAGAGGUUGUAACUCAGGCGAAUGUGAUUAAGUUACUUAAGGCAUCUUCACUGCUACAGAUAAAGUCUCUGUGUGAGAAGUGUGAGGUUAUUCUGGAGCCGUAUAUCGAUGUGGAAAACUGUAUUGAUAUUUGGCGACUCUCAUUGAUUCAUUGUUGGGAGAAGGUUAAAGCAAGGGCCAUAAAGAAGAUUCACAAACAUUUUGUGGCUCUGAUAAAAACCGACGCGUUUAUGAGAUUAGAUGCAUACGAAAUCAUUCAGAUCUUGAAACACGACAAUCUCGAAGUGUCCGACGAAGAGACUGUGCUCGAAGCAGUAUUCUUGUGGGCAAGGCGCGGGGACCCAGCAGUGCGAAAACAAAAGCUUGGCCAAAUAUUCGCCAACGUCCGCCUGGGUCAUAUAUCAGCGGAGCGUCUGUCUUUAUUAAAGUCUCCUAACUCCCCAGUCAUUGAUGAUCCACUGGCACAGCAGUAUAUCGAUGAAGCCAUACAGUACAAGUUACUUCCGGCGCGGCGCCAGGAGGCAAACUCUCAAGUCACUCACUACCGCCGCUGCAGUCAGUUUGACGAAGUUCUUGUUGUAAUGGGUGGAUGCAUGUCGAUGCAUCCCCCGUAUAAGCGAUGUAAUGACGUCUUGGGCUAUAGCUUUGCCCAGGAGAAAUGGUUCAAGUUGGAAUCCUUACCGUUUGAUCCUGGAAUCGAGUUUGCCACCUGCACGUAUGGUAACGAUAUUUGCCUUACAGGUGGAGGUAGUCGGACCCAGACAUUUCUAAAAUAUAGAUCUGAUAAAAACAAGUGGAAAAUCGGAAAGCCCCUGUGCCAAGGUCGCCGUAGACAUGUCAUGGCGUCGCUCACCAACAGCUUGUACGUCAUAGGCGGGUAUGACCACAGACUGCCGGAAGGGAACCGGAUGUUGGCCAGCAUCGAAAAGUUUGACAUGAGCGAGGACUCCUGGGAGGAAGUCUCCCAGCUGCCGACGCCCGUCAGCUCGUUCUCGUCGGCGGUCUCGGGGGAGAGAAUAUUGCUUUUUGGGGGCGAAAAGAACGAUAAAACAGACACGGGCAUUGUCCAGUGUUUUGACACACGAACAAAUCAGUGUACAAAUUUAAAUAGUCUAACUAUCAUUUCUAAAUUAACAAAGGCUGUCACUUCCGGAAGAAGGAUAUUUAUAAUAUUUUUCAGUGGCAAAAUAGUUGAGUAUAACCCGAAUGCUACGAACUCGCAGUCGUGUAACCUCGUCGGUACUGUGAAGUCCUUCCGCCGCAUACACUACGGCGCGGUGCAGUACCGUGGGAAGAUCUUCAUAGUGGGGGGAGAAAAUGAGGACACAUCAUUAACGCGGGAAAUGAUCGUGGUUAAGUCGGAUAGUGGCGAGGCGGAGAAAUCCGUCGUGCCGCUUCCCAACGCUAGAUUGAUUGACAGCUGCGUGAAAAUUGCCAUAAACAAGCGGUUCUUGACUGAGGAGAAAGUUGAAGACUACGAUCAGAAUGCCGACGGCUCUACUACCCCUGCCGACGACAAUCACUGAGUAGGCGUGCUGUGUGAAAUGCGAUUCAGUUGUUUUAACAUUCCAUGGAACAGUUAGAUUGGUGUAUAUAUCUACAUGUGAGGAUACGUUUUAAUCAUAUUGCUAUGAAGGAUGACAACGAGUACAUUUAAAGGGAUGGUUUAGAUUUUCAUUAUUGUUGAGUUUAAUUAUUGAAAAUGGAACAUAUUUCUAAUUACGUUUGUUUCAAGCUUAUCUGCUUAAUUUAAUUAUAAAUGCAAAAAGUACACUUCAAAUCUUUAAUAUAAUGAUGAAUUAUUUGCUCUUCUAGGCUUUGUUUUGGCUGAAGUGCGUCAGCUCAAGACUCCACAACCGAACGUCACAGUUUGGUGUUGUUACAAUGCUUUAAGCAACCAAUUAAUUGAAAAUCACAGGGAAUACAGAGGUUAUACUUUAUUCAAAUAUCAGACACAGAUCUUACAAAUGUAUAUCUUUAAAAUCAGUAAGAUAUAUUCAACUUUAAGAUAUAGAUCUACUUUGUACCCAAGUUAUUUCAAGCAGAUUAUGAGAUAUUAUGUGAUCUGUAUACAUCGGUAUUCCGUUAAUUACUUAGUUGAUAAUGGUUUGUAGUUCAAGAACCAAACAAUAUGUGUACCUGUCUACUUUAUACUAUAAACCUAACGUUUGAUUAGAAGAUACAAAAAUAACUGUUUUCCACUAACAUCUUACAUUUCUUUAAUAAGGUCCUAAUAUUUAUAAUAAUGGUUAAUUAUGCUAAUAAAAUCGACUCUGGGCAGCAAAAUGAUCGCAAAAAGUACUACCCCCCCCCCCCC